AUGAAAGAUCAACUUUUUAUUGUAUUCACUUGCUUUUUUGUGUGCAACUACACACAAAAUGUAACGAUAAAAACGCCGAUGGGCACCGUGACUGGAUUCCGAGUUGACUUGGGAAACGAUAAGUUGAUCUACGGGAAAGCCGACAUUUUUCUGGGAAUCCCAUUUGCUGAGCCACCACUUGGCAAUCUGCGCUUUCAGAAACCACAACCGCUAAUUAGCUAUCCGAAUGGACACGUAGAUGCUACUCAAUACAAACCAGCCUGCACACAACCACUCGAUCCUUUUUGGUGUCGGAUACAGAGCGAGGAUUGUCUGUAUUUGAAUGUCUUCACUCCAAAUGCAACAACAACAGAUAGAUACCCGGUUAUGGUGUGGAUUCACGGUGGUGGCCUUCAAGCUGGUUGUGGCAAUCAGUGGACUUACUUGGGAGCCACAAGAAACCUCGUGUCUCGUGGUGUAGUCGUUGUCGUCAUCCAAUAUCGCUUGGGUGUGCCCGGCUUCUUCACCACAAACACUGCGGAUUUUCCUCCAAAUCGUGGUCUUUUAGACCAGUUGGAAACCUUGAAAUGGGUCCAACGAAACAUUGCCUUUUUUGGAGGAGACGCGAAUUUGGUGACAAUCUUCGGUCAAUCUUCCGGUGGAUCGUCCGUGAACGCUCACUUAUACUCACCGCUGAGCAAGGGACUCUUUCACCGGGCGAUCAUGGAAUCCGGAGCCCUCUACCUGCACACCGACAGUCAAGCUGCAUACAGUACCGCCAGCGAAAACGUUGCGGAAAAGGCCUAUGUCUCGGAGGCUUUUGAUUCCCCGGGAGAGGCGGAGAUCGUCAAAAGGCUGAAUGGAUACCGACCGGUGCCUCAUAGUGCAGAGGUCUUCUAUCUUUGGUUUGGCUGGGCCGAUUCACGAUUUGACAUCAUUUACGAUAAGGGAAAGACAACCAAAUUCGAUCUUCAACUAGCCGACACUCUUGGCACUUGGUGGACGAACUUUGCUAAAUUUGGGCAACCGACUCAGGACAAUUUGUGGAAAACGAUGACUUUAAAACCGGAAUCGGAAUUUUUACGCAUUGAUAGCCCAGAAAAUGGUGGAAUGACAAUGGUUUCAGGAUACCUCGAUCGAGAUUUUCGCGUUUUUCAACAACAAUUGCGCCAUUACGAUGAGCCAACGGACUCCAAAGGAAAGACGACACCUUUCUUCUACUUCACAUACUUUACAAUUUUCUGUAGAAUUUACCUUGAAAAC